AUGAUCAAGGACGCCAGUGGUACUACCGUUGAAAUUCGUCCCAAGGCAGGCAGUACUGUCGAAGGCGCCAUCAAUCACCUGAUCACCGCGGCUCGGGCGGAGGCCGGCGCGUCUCCAGGACAAAACAUUCCUGCAAUGAUGGCGGGCCAAGCAAAGACAUUCAACGUGGGCAUCAUUGGCUACGGCCUGUCGGCCAAGGUCUUCCACAUCCCCUUCAUCCAGGUCACCCCGACCCUCAGGCUCCACUCGAUCCUCCAGCGCAGCCCCAAGUCCGGCGACUCGGCGCCAGAGGACCACCCGGAGGCCAAGCACUUCACCAGCCUCGACGAGUUCCUCGCCGACUCCAGUCUCGACGUCGUCGUCCUCUCGACCCCGCCCGGCACGCACUUCUCUUUCGCCCAGCAGGCCCUCGCGGCCGGCAAGCACGUCUUUGUGGAGAAGCCCUUUGUCCCGACCGUGCGCGAGGCCGAGGAACUCAUCAAGCAGAGCCGCGAGGCCGGCCGGCUCAUCUGCGUGUACCAGAACCGCCGCUGGGACAGCGACUUCCUCACGGUGCAGCAGCUCCUCGCCAACAGUGGCAACAAGGACAAGAGCCAGUCCGGCUCCUCGGCGGUGGUGGACGCCGACAUUGGCCGCGUCGUCGAGUUCAACACGUACUUUGAGCGCUACCGCCCGGACAAGCCGACAAAUUGGAAGGGCACCCUGCCCAUGAGCCAGGGCGGCGGCGUGCUCUACGACCUGGGCUCGCACCUGCUCGACCAGGUCUACGUGCUCUUCGGCCUCCCCGGCAGCGUCUACGCAAAGUUCUCGGUGCAGCGGGACGGUAUGCUCGUGGACGCCACCACCGCCACCGCCGAGGAGAUGGAGCCCGACAGCAUCGUCGUGACGCUCUACUACCCUUCCCGCGGGGGUCUCACGGUCCGGGCCAGCGCGACCGUGCACAGCGCCGAGACGCGCCAGCCCCGGUUCUGGAUCCGCGGCACAAAGGGCAGCUACUACAAGACGGGGCUCGACACGCAGGAGCCCCAGCUCAGGAGCGGGAUGAAGGUCGGCGACGCGCAGUUCGGGCUCGAGGACGACGACAGCUGCGCGGCCCGGCUGGUCACGGUGGCGGACGACGGGAAGCUCGAGGAGCGCGCGCUGCCAAACAUCACCCCGCCCCAGACAUAUGCCCGGUUCUACGAGCUCUUUGCACGGGCCUUGGCUAGCGGCAAGGAGGAGGACGUCCCCGUGCCAGCGACCCAGGCGGCGGAUGUGCUGCGCAUCAUUGAGGCGGCCAAGGAGAGUGCCACAACUGGCCGGGAGGUGCCUCUUGCGAGGUAG